UCCGAGGAGGAGAGGGGAGGAGGUUCUGGAAAGAAGCACCAGAUGAUCACAGAUCAAGCACCAGAUGUACUGCGGACAAUGAAUAAAAUCUAAGACACAACAUUUAAAAAGGGAGGUGAGCUGUUUGCAUGGUCCCUAGAAACCCGCUAAGAAGACCACUCCCUCCCCUUCUGUCAGACCCAGCCAGACUCCUGCACCAAGACCGCGCAUCAGCCCUGUGCUGCUUCAAUUUGGGGACCAAAAGCAAAGCAGGACGCAGGACUGGCGCACCCCAAAGUAGUAAGGCCUAACGGAGUGAGGGUGUGAGGGAGUGUACCCCGCUACCCCACCCCUCCAAACCCUGUCGCUCCCCCCACAUCGCCGAGAUGUCAGGCAGAGAGCGGAGCCCCCGCCACCGACCGUGGUCCGUGUACCGCGCCAACACCUUCGACCUCUCCUCCGAGGUCCUGGGGCUCACGCUCGCAGGAAACAGUCAGGAUCCAGAUGAACCAGUGCUGGAGUUCAGUCUGGCCUGUAGUGAGCUCACUACUCCAUCGCUGGACCGCAAACCCAACAGUUUCGUAGCGGUGAGCUGCACCACGCCCCCCCAGGCCUUCUGGAGCAAGCAUGCGCAGACGGAGAUCAUAGAGGGCACCAGUAACCCCGUCUUCUUGAGCAGCAUCGCCUUCUUCCAGGACUCGCUCAUCACCCAGCAGACGCAGAUCAAGCUGCUGGUGUACGAUGUGAAGGACCGCUCCCAGGGCACGAUGUACUUGCUGGGCUCAGCUCUUUUCCCAGUGAAGGAACUCCUACAGGACAAGCUGCACAGACUACACCUGAUGCUGAGAUCUUCAGAUAACAACAAUGUGGGCAACAUCACCGUCAUCGCCUGGCAGUUGGAGGAGAAGAGGCCUCCCUUGACCAAGCUGCCGGAAACCAUUAAGGGCAGGAUGGUCCUCCCAGUGGACGAAAGCCUGACGGAAUCGCUGGGAAUCCGAGCGAAAUACGCGUCGCUAUGCAAGGACACGUUUCUGAGAUCCGUGUUUGGCGGUACGAUGGCCCGCAUGUACCGCUUCCCCACGACGGACGGCAACCACCUGCGCAUCCUGGAGCAGAUGGCCGAGAGCAUGCUGUCGCUCAACAUCCCCCGACAGUUUGUCAAACUGCUGCUGGAGGAAGAUGCUGCCAGGGUGUGUGAGCUGGAGGAACUGGGGGAGCUCUCUCCCUGCUGGGAGAACCUCCGACGUCAGAUUGUUACUCAGUACCAGACCAUCAUUCUCACCUACCAGGAGACUCUCUCUGACCUGCAUGAUUACAAAGGCCCCUCCUUCAAGGCCAGUAACCUGAAGGCUGAGAGGAAGCUGGAGUUCAUGCCCACCAACCUGCACGUCCAGAGGAUGAGAGUACAGGAUGAGACGGGCUUUGAUCAUACGUAUGACGUGGUGACGAUCGGGGCCCCCGCCGCCCACUGCCAGGGGUUCAAGAACAGCGGCCUGCGCAAGCUUAUCCACAAGUUUGAGGAGGCCAAGAAACACAUUUAUGAGGAGGAAUGUGCCGUCUCCAGCUCUCAGUCCAUCGUCUACAUCCCCCAGGACAUCGUCCGUGCCAAGGAGAUCAUCGCUCACAUCAACACGCUCAAGACCCAGGUCAGCUACUACGCCGAGCGCCUGUCCCGGGCCGCCAAGGACCGUUCGGCUAACGGGCUGGAGAGGACACUGGCCAUCCUGGCCGACAAGACGCGGCAGCUGGUGACGGUGUGCGACUGCAAGCUCCUGGCCUCGGCCAUCCAGGCCUUGAACGCGGCCCGACCGGAGUACAUCGCCUCCAAGGCGUCGCCCUCCACUGCCGAGGCGGACCAGGUGGUGCUACGCAACGACCAGGACACGCUGCUCGCCAAGUGGGCCGGCCGCAACAGCCGAUCCUCCCUGCACGUCAACUGGCACGAGGAGGAGUGGGAGAAGGUGUGGCUGAACGUGGACAAGAGUCUGGAGUGCAUCAUCCAGCGGGUAGACAAGCUUCUGCAGAGAGAGAGACUGCAGAGCACCAGCAGCGAGGACGUCUUCCUGUGCGACCAGCAGGGCGGCGCCAGUAAGAAAGAUGGCAGUCCCAGUCGUGAGGAGACAUCCCCAGGUGAGUGGAGUGAGGCUCUGUACCCGCUGCUCACCACGCUUACCGAGUGUGUGGCCAUGAUGAGUGACAAGGCCAAGAAGUCUAUGGUGUUCCUGCUGAUGCAGGACAGUGCCCCCACCAUCGCCAUGUACCUCACCCUGCAGUACCGCAGGGAUGUGGUCUUCUGCCAGACGCUGACAGCCCUCAUCUGUGGCUUCAUCAUCAAACUGAGGAACUGUCUCCGUGACGACGGCUUUCUGAGACAGCUCUACACCAUUGGCCUGCUGGCACAGUUCGAGAGCCUGCUGAGCACCUACGGAGAGGAGCUGGCCAUGUUGGAGGACAUGAGCGUGGGCAUCAUGGACUUGAGGAACGUCACCUUCAAGGUGACACAGGCCCCCUCAGGCUCCGCCCCCGACAUGCUGCCCGUCAUCACCGGCAACCGGGACGGCUUCAAUGUGCGCAUCCCGUUGCCGGGGACGAUGUUCGACGCAUUGCCGCGGGAGAUCCAGAACGGCAUGCUCCUGCGUGUCCAGCCCGUGCUGUUCAACGUGGGCAUCAACGACCAGCAGUCACUGGCUGAGAAGCUCGGAGACACGUCAUUACAGGAGAUCAUCAACAUGGAGAGCCUGGCUCGCCUCAACUCCUACUACGAGCAGUUCAAAGAGGUUUUGCCUGAAGAUUGUCUCCCUCGUUCCCGCAGUCAGACCUGCCUGCCGGAGCUGCUGAGGUUUCUGGGGCAGAACGUUCACGCCAGGAAGAACAAAAACGUGGACAUCCUGUGGCAGGCGGCUGAGAUCUGCCGGCGGCUGAACGGGGUGCGCUUCACCAGCUGCAAGAGUGCCAAGGACCGCACGGCCAUGUCGGUCACCCUGGAGCAGUGCCUCAUCCUGCAGCACGAGCACGGCAUGGCCCCGCAGGUCUUCACCCAGGCCCUGGACUGCAUGCGCAGUGAGGGUUGUCGACGGGAGAACACCAUGAAGAAUGUGGGAUGUCGCAAGUAUGCUUUUAACACUCUGCAACUGAAGUCCUUCCCCAAACAUUACUGGCCUCCAGAAGGUACUUAUGGGAAGGUGGAGACCUGAUAGGACAGCUGACCUCCAAACUCAACCAAUGGGGGGGGAGGAAUGGGGGAGGACAAAAAGGAAAUCUUGCUUCGUGUAAAAUCACUCUUAAGAUAACAAAUGUAAAAGUUCUGUGAUGUGUAUACUGAAUUCUUAUAUGUGAAUUUUGGUUUCUGCACACACACAAGUGUGUGUGUGUGUAUGUGUAUGUGUGUGUGCGCAUGCGUGCGUGUGCGCGUGUGUCAAUGUGUGUGGGUGAGUGUGUGUGUGCAUAAAACCAUAAUAAACCUUGGUCUGCAAUAAACAGGAUUCCAUUGUCCUUUUAGUCAUUACUCUUAACUGCACUACAGUUCAGGAAGCAAAGUACUUACGGUCCCCUAAGAUCAUGACAGAUUAUUGCCCCACAGUGUAAAUGAUUUAUAGACUGGACAAUUGUAAGUGUCCCAGUAAAGGUAAUCUUUACAAAAAUGGUUUGGUUUGGUUUGGUUCAUGGUUUUUGGUUUCAUGGUUUCAGUUAUGUUCGGGUCUGUACAUCUUUGGUAAAGCAGAGACAAAGGUUAUCGGUACUAUGUUCUGGUCACAGUUCACAUUGAGGCAAUAAAAUCCUACUGAGGUUAUAGUUAACAGCUGCACUUGUGAUAAUUUACUGAAGGCUUAUCACUCAUCUCAACAGCAAUAUCUUGCAUUUCAUUGGUGUUGGUGUAGAUGAGGACUUGAUUUCUGCACUUUCCCUGGUGGAGCAGAGAUGUAGACCCUGAUGUAAAAUCCAGUUAUGACCAGCUUGAAAUACCAGCUACAAGCUGUUUCAAAACCGAGCUUGAGCUUGUCAGACCAUGUUGAGUAUAGAGCUGGUCUAACUGGUCAACCAGCUACCAGCUGUUUCAAAACCUAGCUUUGGCUGUUUUAUUCAGCCGGGGAGUGUUCCUUUACUGUCCGAACCUGUCAGUGUAUGAUUCUUAUGCAUGCAGGUAUACUUUCCCCUAAAAAACCCUAACCAAUUAAAAUAAACUAGCAAAGCUAGUAAAAUAUCCCAUGGGCACUGUACUCCUUGAUUUCUGCUUGUACCAUCUUUGUUGCCUGGUCCGAGUUGCAGCAAACUUCCACCUGUUGUUCCACCUCUCUGCACCAAUGGGCUGACCCUGACCUAUCCUGUCUUGUCCAAUCCGAUCUGAGCUGGGCCUGCAGACAGCAAGCGGAGCCUUUGUAAACAUUCCUGGUUGCUCAGUGGGCUGGCCCAAUGCUGCACAUGAUGUGUCUAUCCUUAACAACAUCCUGGUUCUUCUCCUGUUUACCUACAUAACAGUCUGCAGGUGUAAUCUCCAUCUUUUCUGACAGAAAGACUGAGCACUUUUGUCUGCACUGAGGUGUGUCCAAGACAUUCAGGAACGAGUGUGAUUUGUGAAGUGGAGACUGUUUAGUGGUCCUCGAGAUUGCUUUAAUAAUGUGCUCAAUGUUGAAAAACCCAGUAAAUACACACAGUAUGUCCUUGAGGGAAGAAGUGGGGUAUGAGUUUACUUAGUAACUGAAUGCAAAACAAUUGUUUGGACACCCAGAGACAGUAACUGCCAUAAGAGAGUCAGCUGGACAAGCCACUACCACAGUGAUACCCCCUCAGAGCUGGAGCUCUUUUCCUCAUCAAAAAAUAAGUGUGCUGUUGUUGGUGUUUUACCAUAUGAGAGCACCUUGUUAUGAGUAAGCAGGCAUCAUUUUGAAGUUUCUUCUUGCACAUCUCUUUACCAGUGUUCACCAGCAGUGGUAGGCAGAUUUUCUUAAACUAAACUUACUGUCAUGUCCUUCAUGUUAAUGUUUUGCAUUUCUAGUGGAAAAUCUGCACGUGAAUUGCCAAACACAUCAAUGUCGAAAUUAAGGACUUAAUGAGAUACAAAUACUGACCUUUAUUGGGUCAAUAAUCAGAUACAGAUUAUCUAGAGGACUUUGCGGGUUCAUGUCAAAUUGUCUACGCUUUAAUGUGAUGUUUGGUGCAAAUGAUACCAGUUACAGUCAUUAACUUGCCGGAUACUGAGCUCGCACCAUUUAUUUUGUACACAAGGGGGUGCCCUUUCCUUCAAUUGAUAUGUACAAUGUAAACAGUUACAUGUAAGGAAGACUAGCUUCAGUAAUUCAAUAAAGCAAUCAAGGGAUUUUACAAAUACCAGUAUCACCAAAUUCACUUACCCCUCUACUAACUUUUAACUGGCUUGUUCUAAAAAAUAUUGAUACACGUCGUCUUUCUGAUCCAAACAGCAGACUCCCUGCAACUAGAAUUGAUCUGGUUGUAAAAUAAACAGUGCUAGAAUGGCAAGACUCAGAAUCUAAUGCUCUCCCCUGUGGAUUAAUCAAUGAGAACAGUGUGUUUUAUUUUAUCUCUAAGGGAACUGUGAAAUAUUUGACUGUACUUGAUAACCAAUAUAAGAUUUGUAUUUAUUUGAAUGGUAAAACAAAACCAUCGUUAAAUGCAUGCACGCACCAAAACUUAUAUAAUUGUGCUUUUUAAAAAGGUACCAAUGUUCUGCUAGAUAAUAUUUUAAUUGUGAAAUGUGAUUUGUAUAAUGUACUGAAUUCUCACUGAAUCAAUAUUACUAUAAAGUUUAUUUUCAAUUAUUUGGACAUGAUUACUUUUUAGACUGAAUUUAUUUUUUGUUUAUUCUUUAUAUAGAAGCACUCUGAAACUCAUGCUCUACAAAUGCCUUCUGCCAAAGUAAACCAUUUAUAUUGGAUUUAUUUUUACAGUAUUAAACAUUUGUUUUGUUAUACAUACAAAGGAAGGGUAUCUCUAGUUUUGAGUUCUGCUGUGAAAUGUGCUUUAUGUAUUAAUACUCCUGUAUAACAUGCACUAUUAAAAAUUACAUUUAUUGCAA